AUGGGCGGGAAGAGCGAAGUAUGCACGCUGAGCUUCGCCCGUCAGCAGGGGAGCCAGCACCCGUGCCCAGUCGUCCCUAUGCCAUCCUUCCGUGGUGGCCGUCGCUUCGAACAUUUUGUAGUAUUCUUCAGUUCUAAAUCAGAAUCUUUGAAUAAUUCAUUUUGUGUCUGUGUGUGCAUCAGAUCAAGGUUUGUGCAGCAGCAGUGGCUUCUCAAGGAGGCUUUGGCCCUGCUGCAUUCGUCUCGAGGGGAGAUGACGACUGUUAAGAACCAGUUAACUCACUUCCUGGAGACCUGGGAGAACAGCAAAGUACUGAUACAGCAGAGUUGCAUCAGUGCUGAUGCAGAGUGUGCUCGUCUGAAGCAGCAAGUGGUCGGGUUGCAGGUGGAGCUGAAGAGGCUGCAAGAGGAGGUGCCAAACUUGAAGUCAUGUCUUGAUGCAGCAAAAGAACAGAUUCUGCAGUUGGACAACCAGGUCCAGACCCAGAAACUACUGCAGAACCAAAACCAAGAAGCCCAGUUUCUCAUACAGGGCCUAAUGGAGGAGGUGAAGACUCUGAAAAUAGAUCUCCAGAACAGCAUGCAUGAACGAGAGCAUGGAAAGAAACUCCUGGAAAUAAAUUCUGUGGAGAAGGAGGAUCUGCGAGUGUUGUGGAGUGAACAGACGGCCACCAUUGAGAGGCUAUCCCGAGACCUGAGGGAGAAGGAAGAGAACCGGUUGUCAUGUCAACAACGAUGUGAGUCCAUGCAGGAGCAGCUGUUGGCGUGGCAACAGAAAGAGGAAGAGGUGACCCGGACAAAGGGCGAGAUGAAGGACCUGAGAGUAGCCCGAUCCACCUUACUGCAGGAGAGGGAGGAGCUGAGGAGAACUCAUGUGGGAGAAUUGGAGAGACUGGAGGAGAGCUUUAGAACGAGGCUGAAAGCUGCAGAGGAGCAGAGUUCAAAGAUGGAGGCUUUUCUCCAGCAGAAACAGGCUGAGCAAGACAAACAGCUGAAACAGCAAGAGAUGGAGUUAAGAAGAGAAGCUGACAUUGAACUGGACAUCCGAAGACAAAAAAACCAGGAGCUGAUUAACAAAUACCAGAGUGAAAAACAGCAACUACAAAACAAGAUUCCUGCUCUCAUUCAUUCAGCCGUGCAGGAGCUCCAUGAGGAGUUGGCAGUGCUGCAGGAGCGCAUUAAAGAGCAGGAGAAAGAGAUGAAGCAUGUUUGUGAGAGCGCCUCCCAGAGGCAGCAUCAGCUCCUGGAAGAGCGGAGGACAGGAGAGGCACAGCUGCAGUCAGCCCUGCAGGAGCUGCGGCAGAAGACACAGGAGCUGAACCAGGCUCAUAUUAACUUACAGCAGCUCAAAGAAGAGAGGUCCACCCUACAGGAAGAGAAGUCCUUUCUUGAGGAGACAGUAAGGCGUGAGUGUGAAGAGAGGGAAGAACUGACUGCAGCACUGACCCUGGCCAAAGAACAACUGCUGGAACUCAAACACUCCAUCACAAAACCAAAUGGCACCCAGACACACACCCAACUCUCCAGAGUCAGAUCUACAGUAAAGAACCCAGACCUCCCCUUCCCUAGACUCAAUCCCAGCCCUCCCAGCCAUCCUCAGACACACAACCACAGCUCUUUGUCCACUCAGAGCACCAGGCAGCGUUUGCCUGAGUGGAAUUCUUGUAGUGUGAGUAGAAGUUCGACAUCCUGGCAUGGAUCAUCACAGCCAACACCCACCCUGCCCAAAAUCAGCAAAGAGAGAGUUGCUUCAGUGAAUGACUUGUGCAAAAGCAUCACUAUGGUGAGGGGCAGACGGGACAAACUUUGAUUUGCACUAGAAAGUUCCCUACAUUGUGUACUUUGUGUAUUUCUAGG